AUGGAUUAUUUUAUAGGUUUAUGUAGAGCAGCAGCAGGAGAGCCAUUUGCUGCGCUGCAGCUGUAUAGACGUGCUGCUGCUGCUGCCUUCCCUCCCUUAUGCCAACUCUUACCAGGUGUAUAUCCAUACCAGCAGCAGCAGCAACAACAGCAGCAGCAGCAACAGCAGCAGCAGCAAGGAGGGCAACAGCGGGACGAACAGGAGAAGCAGCAGCAAAGACUGCAGCAGAAGGAGACACGAGAAGAGGAGGAGGAAGAAGAACGGCAGCAGCAGCAGCAACAGCAGCAGGAAGAGGAGGAGCAGCAACAGCAACAGGAGGAGGAGCAGCAGCAGCAACAGCAGCAGGAAGAGCAGCAGCUCUUCCAGGAUGACGAAGAGGAGGAAGAGCAGCAGCAGCAGCAGCAGCAGGACAGCAGCGUCAAGGCAGCAGCAGAUGGAGAGGAAGCAGAAGCUUCCUCUGCUGCUGCAGUCUGCAGCAGCAGCAACAGCAACAGCAACAAGAACAGCAGCAACAGCAGCAGCAGCAGCAGCAGUGCAUAUUCUUGUGUCUCUUAUUCUGCUGCAUCUGCUGCUUCUUCCUUCAAUAAACUUUGCCGUCGUUUGCUGCGCAGCAACAAUGACUUCAAGGUUUUGCAUGCGUUGAGGCCCUUAUGGUUUGACGUCCUCCCUAAGGAGCACAGCGGAUUAGAAGAACAAAUAGACUUCUUGCUCCUCUCUGCUGAGUUACGAGGGGUUUUCUUGGCUGGUGGUUUAGUCCCUUGUUUAGAUACAUUAGCAGAGGAGUUGCUGCGGUUACAGGCAGCAGACAGCAGCAGCAGCAACAGCAGCAGCAGCAACAGCAGCAGCAGCAACAGCAGCAGCAGCAGCAGCAGCAGGUGUGAGCUGCAGCAGGCUGCAUAG